CCGCCCCCCUCUGCUCUGACAGCGCGCGCCGCUCAGUGAUUUGGCGCCUCUCUGCUGCUGCUUCAGUCACACACAGACUUCCCUCCUGCUGUCCAGCUCUGUCCUCCCGGUUCAUGGACAGCCAUGUCUGAGGAGGAGAUCCAGGUUCCUGAGGAACUCUUCAAAGAUGUCAAGUUCUACGUGGUCGGAGACAUUGAACCAAAGGUGGUUCAGCUGCUGAAGGCAGGAAAAGGAAAGGAGGUUUCCUACAAUGCUUUGGCCACUCACAUCAUCGCAGAGGAUGGCGACAGCCCUGAAGUCAGCGAAUCACGGGAGGUUUUUGACCUGCCUGUGGUUAAGCCUUCCUGGGUGAUCCUGUCCGUUAGAUGUGGAGAUCUGUUACCAGUGACCGGAUUCUCUCCAGAAUCAGGACAGAUCUUCUUUGGAGUCACAGCUUGUCUUCCCAGGCUUCCUGAAGAUCUGGACGCCCUGUGGGCUCUGCUCACCUUUCAUGGAGGUGAAUGCCAGCUGAACCUAAAUAAGCGGGUCACUCACCUGGUGGUGAAGGAGCCAAAGGGGGCAAAGUUUGAAUGUGCUCUGAAACACCCGAGCAUCAGGAUCGUCACUCCGGACUGGAUCACAGAUUCUGUUAAAGAUAAAAGCAGAAAGGAUGAGACACUGUAUCACCCCAGACUGACCUACGUGGAGCCGGAGGAGGAGAGCGAGGCAGAGUCCUAUGGUUCAAAUGGUAGCUACAGCCCCCAGCGCUCCCGGCCGUCCAGCGGCGCGUCGUCGGGUGAAGAGUCCAGUCCUCGCCGACGGCCCGGACCCAAACGGCUCAGCUCUUUGUCACCGGCCUCUCCCAGAAAACCCGAGCUCCGCAGCGAGAGGAUGUUCGACGACUCGGACGACGAUGACUCCACAGAGAAGGAGGGUACCAACCUGAACUGGACACCCGCUGAGAUUCCGUCUGGCGUGGUGAGGCGGCGCAUCGGGCCGGCCGGCUGCAAGGAUCCGGUGUCGUCUACGGGCUCUGGGCUGAUUAACCUCUACGAGACGGUGCCUCCUGUUCCUGGCAGUGGGGGGGCCAUGCCUGCAGAGGCUCGUGCUGCGCAGCAAGGGGUGGCGGGCCCAGAGGGAAUCCCUGGAUGGAGGCCGACCAUCAGGACGCUGCGCAACAUCACCAACAACUCGGACAUGCAACCAUUGGGCCGGCCUGCCGGACCUCAUACCCUCCCAAACUUGCCUGGCAGUCAGACGAAGCCAGCGGAGCAGAUGAACCCGACUGUUCAGACGCUGGGCGGCACCAACCCCCCUCAGUUCAGCCAGAGUAAGCUGUCCAGACAGACGCUCACAGCGGAGCAGCAGCAGCAACUGCUACAGCAGGCUCACCAGGCUGGGCAGCAGCAUCAGCAGUUACCACAGCAACCACCACAUCCCAUGAUGCACCUCCCGCAGCAGCAGAUGCUGCAGCUGCAGCAGCAGCAGCCACAGGUUGCUCAGCAGCAGCAGCAGCAGCAGAAUUUCCCCCAGCAGCAGCACCAGCAGUUUCUGCAGCAGCAGCAGCAGAUGUUCUCCCAGCAGCAGCUGCGACCGCAGCAGCUCCUCAGACCGGGCCUGCAGCAACUGCAGCACCAGCUGCAGCAGCAGUUUCAGCAGCAGCAGCGCAUGCAGAUGUUGCAGCAGCAGCAGCAGAAUCAACAGUUUCACCAACAGCAUCUUCAGCAGCAGCAGCAGCAGCAGCAACAUUUCCUACAACAGCAGCAGCAUCUGCAGCAGAUGCAGAAGCAGCAGCAGCAGCAAGUGCUGCAGCAGCAGAACCAGCAGGCCCUGCAGCAGCAGGCCAUGCAGCAGCAACAGCCUCCACACUUCAGCCAGCUCUUUGGACAUGAGCUAGGCCAAGAAAUUCCUCAGGACGGCUUCCUGCUGGGCUGCGUGUUCGCCAUCGCUGACUACCCUGAACAGAUGGCUGACAAGCAGCUCCUGGCCACAUGGAAGCGGGUCAUCCAGGCCUGUGGGGGGCUGGUGGACCCCACCCUGACCAGCCGCUGCACCCACCUGCUGUGUGAGAGUCAAGUCAGCAACAUGUAUGUCCAGGCCCUCCGAGAAGGGAAACGCUGUGUGACUGCUCACUGGCUCAGCACGGUGCUGAAGAAGAAGAAGAUGGUUCCUCCUCAUCGGACGCUACAUCUGCCCUUCGCCUUCCCUCCUGGAGCCAAACCCUGCUCUCAGCACAUCCUGGCGGUGACGGGCUUCGUGGACGCAGACAGGGACGACCUGAAGCUGAUGGCCUACCUGGCCGGUGCCAGAUACACCGGCUACCUGUGCCGCGGGAACACCGUCCUCAUCUGCAAAGAACCCAGCGGGAUGAAGUAUGAGAAGGCCAAGGAAUGGAAGAUCCCGUGUGUCAACGCUCAGUGGCUCUGUGACAUCCUGCUGGGGAACUUUGAAGCCCUGCGACAGAUCCAGCACAGCAGAUACUCCGUGUUCAACCAGCCGGAGCCGCUGAUGCCCAACCCCCAGCUGGUCCAGAACCUGCUAGCUCCCUGGAGAACUCCAAUCAAAGUGACGCCUGAAGCUCUGCUGAACCUCCAGCUGCUCCAGAAGCGCAAGAUCUCUGAUUCUACCAACCCAACGUCAAACAAGAAGGCCAGACUGGAGGAGAUCCAGUCCCCCGGCAGGAAGCUUCCUCCAGAGUCCACGCCUCGGGUCAUGUUCACGGGCUUCGAGCCCAUGCAGGUCCAGCAGUUCACCAAGAGGCUGCAGGCGCUGGGGGGGGAGGUGGCAGAAAGCAGCCAGAGGGCCACCCACCUGCUGGCCAGCAAGGUGACCAGAACCGUCAAGUUCCUCACCGCCAUGUCUGUGGUGCGACACAUCGUCACCCCGGAGUGGCUGGAGGAGAGCUGGAGGAAGCAGCAGUUCGUAGAUGAGCAGAGCUUCACCCUGAGGGAUGCAGAAGCAGAGGUUCUGUUCAGCUUCAACCUGGAGGAUUCACUGAAGAGAGCCCACGCAUCACCUCUGUUCAAGGGGAAGCUGUUCUACCUGACUCCAGGCGUCUGCCCCAGCCUGGGCACCAUGAAGGCCAUCCUGGAGAGCGCUGGAGGGAAGCUGCUGAGCAAACAGCCGUCCUACAGGAAGAUAAUGGAGCACCAGCAGAACAAGAACCUUCCUGAGAUCCUCCUGGUUUCCUGUGAUAACGACCUCCACCUGUGCAGAGAGUACUUCCUGAAGAACAUUGAUGUCCACAAUGCUGAGCUGAUUCUAACCGGGGUUCUGACUCAGAAAUUGGAUUAUGAAUCAUAUAAGUUCACCUGAUGAAGACAGAAGAAGCUGCAGAGACGUCAGCGCGGGACUCUCUCUGUCCAUAACAUCUUUUUCUAGCUUUUCUAACUUGUUUAAAGGAAUAAAGCAAACUGUAUUUUUCUGAAAUGUUUGUUUCAAAUUAUAAACUUUUGAUCUGUUGUUAAAUAAACCUGUAGAAAAGUUUUACCUGCUUUUUAAAAAUAAAAUAUUUGUGUAAAUGUU